UUUAAAUCUCACCUUAAUUUUCGAUUUUAGGUUGGACUCGACCAAUCCAGAACCAGAAGCAAUCUCCAUCAAUCCUCCCUCCCAACCUCCCCCGUCGCCGGCCGUCGCCAUUCCUCGCGCCGGCCUCAGCCUCGCACCGAUUCAAUCGGAUCUUCUAUUCGCAGCUUGGGAUCUCAUCACAGUCUCCGGACGAGCAAAUGGUUUAUCACUCUAGCUUCGUGGCCGACGAUGGAGUUACAAGAGCUUGCGGCUGCCCGUUACUCCCUUUGAAAUCACACAUAAAGGGCCCUGCUCCAACUUCAGAUCAAGAUACAACUGAUAUAGUCGAUGAAGCUAUUACCUUUUUUCGUGCUAAUGUGUUCUUUAGAAACUUCGACAUCAAGAGCCCUUCCGAUAAGCUUCUCAUCUACUUGACCUUCUACAUUAACGUUGCGUUGAAGCGCUUAGAAGGGUGCAGGACGUUAGCUGUAGGCACGAAAGCCAUCAUUAACUUGGGGUUGGAGAAUGUUCCUGUCCCUGGAGAAUCCGGUUUCCCCUUUCCCGGGCUGUUCAUUGAACCUCAGUCUCACAAUGAAGCAGAGCUGUUUAGGGAUUACCUUAAGCAGAUAAGGGAAGAAACGAGUGGGAGGCUAUUGAGCGUUGCGUAUCGUGUCAAUGGGACUCCAAACAAGUGGUGGCUGGCGUUUGCAAAGAGGAAGUUCAUGAAUGUCAUUGCUCUUUGAUGCAGCGCUUAUUUCGCAGUGCGCAGUAUUGUUUGUUGGUUUCGUGAAAUGUAGUAUAUAUACAUAUAUCAUUGUUCAUUGUGUAAUAUGUUCCAGAAUAAGUCUGGUCUUGUGGUGUAGAAAGUUUCACUUCAGUCGCAAAUCAAAUGGAUGAUGAUGAGUAAGUCACUAUCUCAUAGGCAUCAUGAAUCCAACCUUCACCAGUUUCAGCAGCAUCUUAUGGUACCCUUUGUAUCCUUCUUUGUCCGCGUCCAUGAAUGCAAAGUAGAAAAGUUUCGUACUUAUUUAGCUUGG